AGGAGAAAUGGGGCUUGGAAAGCACUGAGCUCAAAACCAAGAGGAGAAGGAUUUCUACAGCUUUUGAAGAGCCAGUAGUCAAACGACGACAGGGAGCAAGACCUUCCGCCACCAACAUGAAGGAAGACACUGAAACUAUCUCUCUGGAUAGUGCCAGCUGGAGCCAGGUGGCACGCAAGGAGGUGACGAUCAAAGCCCAGAAUGCCGAGGAUGCCCAGGAUACUAUUUUUUGCUCUGAAGACGACAACAGUCUGUAUUUCACAUAUAGCGGAAAAUCAAACAUUCUUGAAGUCAAAGAACUCAACUAUCAGGUUAACAUGGCAUCCCAGAUUCCCUGGUAUGAAAGCCUUGCUCAGAUGAAGAUGCCCUGGGCCUGGAAAUCAGAUCCCCAUUCUCAUGUGCCAAUAAUCCAGAAUAUUAAUUUAAAAGUUCGAAGUGGUCAGAUGCUAGCUAUUAUCGGAAGCACUGCUGGUGGAAAGACAUCCUUGCUUGAUGUGAUAACCUGCCGGGAUCAUGGAGGCAAAGUCACGACGGGUCAAAUCAUGAUCAAUAAUAAACCCUGCACACCCCAGCUUGUUAAGAAAUGCAUAGCACACGUGCGUCAGGAUGACCGACUGCUCCCUCACCUGACUGUCAGAGAAACACUAUUGUUCGUUGCCAAACUGCGCCUUCCAAAGUUUUUUUCAGACUCACAAAGGAAAAAAAGGGUAGAAGAUGUUAUAGCAGAACUACGGUUGCGUCAGUGUGCAAACACCAGGGUAGGGAACGAGUAUCUUCGUGGAGUUUCGGGAGGCGAGAGGCGGAGAGUGAGCAUUGCUGUGCAGCUGCUCUGGAACCCAGGAAUACUCAUACUUGAUGAACCCACAUCUGGACUGGACAGUUUUACUGCACAUAACCUUGUGAUAACAUUAUCCAGACUGGCCAGAGGAAACAGAUUAGUCCUUCUUUCACUUCAUCAGCCCCGGUCAGAUAUCUUCCAACUGUUUGAUUUAGUUCUUCUGAUGACUUCUGGACUCACUGUUUAUUGUGGAACAGCUAGAGACAUGGUCCAGUAUUUCACGGAACUAGGCUAUCCCUGCCCAAGGUACAGCAAUCCUGCGGAUUUCUAUGUUGAUUUGACCAGUAUUGAUAAACAGACUGCAGAAAAGGAGAUGGAAAGCCGAAAAAGAGCAAAUACUCUUGCCAACUUGUUCCUAGAAAAUGUCAAAGAUUUUGAUGAUUUCUUAUGGAAAACUACUGAAGGAGACAAUGUUGCAAAAACACUCAGCAAGCAAAGGUCCCAUGUGAAUUCAGAAGAGGCUAUCGACAUGCCUCACCAUUCAUGUGAUCAGUUACCAGGAGCCUUAAAACAGUUCACUAUAUUAUUAAGUCGUCAGGUCUCCAAUGACUUCAGAGAUCUUCCAACGCUAUUAAUCCAUGGAAUUGAGGCCCUUCUCAUGUCAUUAUUAAUUGGAUUUUUGUACUAUGGCCACGAGAAAACCAGACUUUCUAUUCGUGACACAACAGCACUGUUGUACACGAUAGGUGCAUUAAUCCCAUUCAUAGUGAUUUUGGAUGUUAUUGCCAAAUGUCAUUCGGAAAGAGCUAUGCUUUAUCAUGACUUGGAAGGUGGAAUGUACUCUGUUAGCCCAUACUUCUUUGCUAAGAUUUUGGGGGAGCUCCCAGAACACUGUGGCUUUGUUAUCAUUUCUGCAGUUCCCAUCUACUGGCUGUCAAACCUUGUUCCUGAAGUAGAACAUUUCCUGCUGUACUUCCUCUUGGUAUGGCUGGCUGUGUACAGUGCCCGUGCAAUGGCACUUUGGAUGGCAGCACUGCUGCCGACAUUACAGCUUGCAGCCUUCUUUGGCAACGUCAUUUUCACAGCAUGCUACCUGAGUGGUGGUUUUGUGAUAAGCCUGAAAAACCUCUGGACAGUUCCAUAUUGGUUUUCUAGAAUCUCUUUCCUCAGAUGGAAUUUUCAAGGAAUGAUGCAAAUUCAGUUCACUGACACCACAUAUGAAAUGCCUUUCGGAAAUUUUAGUUUUCAAAUACCGGGGAAACUUGUGAUACAGUCUAUGGACCUGGACUCCCACCCUCUCUACAUGAGCUACCUCGUCCUCACUGGCACCAUCGGCGCUUUCCUGUUUUCCUACUACAUGUGUCUGAGAUUCAUCAAGCAGAAAUCAACCCAAGACUGGUAACAGCAAACCACGCAGAGGAGGCAAGGACCCAGGGCAAGCCCACACGCUGAUUUUCGGUGCAAAGAGAGCGGAGCCGCGGGGCCGGCUCGCCGCAGGAUGGCAGCAGCACACCGGGAGCCGGGAGCCACCGGCUUCACUUCGGGAUUGCAGCCCGGAAUUGGGGCUUGGGAGAGGCUUGGGGGGAGGGUGGUUUUGUUUGACGUACCGGUUUUAUGCGUGGCAAGAUGCUUAUGAUUUCUCCACACCUUGAAAUAUUCUGAGCUAUGGGCCAGCGAUUUAAAAAGGACCCAUCUUGCUUAGUAAUACCUGAUGUUUUAGUCCAUCAUGUUUGAAUAUAGAGUGAUCACAGACUUAAUUCUGAGCGAACAGCAUCAGCACAUGCAAAACACUGCUUUCUGUAGCCUGUAUAACACUCAGCACUCAGAAGAACAGCCUAGAGGAAAGCAACACAGAAGAUUUCACUGGUGCUUCAGGAGAACACGAAGUGCAGAAAACACAGCUGUUAACUGUGAGGGUUCUAAUUGCUGAUGUGUUUUAAGGCUUUGCCUCUGUGUACCAGUUCAAUGCUGUUGAUGCCCCAAAAUGGGUAUUUACUAACUGUACAGUUGAUUUCUAGUAACAGAGCAAAUUAUCUCACCUUCUUGGGUUUAUUUUUACAGUAUAAAUACAUUCCAAGUGAUUGUUAUCAAGCCCAUCUUUCUCCGUGGCAAUAAAAUCAUAGCAAUGUGCCAA